AUGGCCGACGACGCCGUUCUCCAGCUCGCAGAGACGAUCCAAACUGCCUCAAUCAACAGACACCCGUCGCCCGCUCACGAUGCCAAUCCGUCGACGGCCGCCUCGACCAAGCAGCCCGUGCGCCUCGACCACCACCCUGAUCUCGACACCCUGCCCGACGACCAUGACGAGAUCCCUUUGUCUGUCCUGAGACCCACGCCGCGCAGCAAACAGUUCCCUCCGCUCCCCGACCUGCGCUUCGAACAGAGCUACCUCGCCAGCAUCCAGAAUGCCACUUCUUGGCACAUGGUCGCAUGGAUCACUUUCAGAGACCAACUGUUCAUGCCCUUGACCCAAGGCCUGCUCUGGACCUUGGUCCUCGCCGGCUGGAGGAACUGGAACACAGUACACAACACGUCGUCUAAAUUCUCGGGCUCCAGCAUCGGCGCGCGUCUGAGAAGGUGGUGGUGGAAGACCAACAAUUGGAACAUUCCCCGCGCCUCUUUGCGUGACCAAAGGCUCGCUGGCCAAGUUCAAGAGUACUAUCAAGCCGAGUUCAGCGCUGGCGCCGAUUGA